CUUAAAAGUGUUGUUGGUCUGUGCUGUGGUGUGUGCGCUCCAAAUUUAUCUCUGAAAACAGAAAGCAAACAAAACCAAUAAUAACAACAAAUUGUGAAAACAUUUAAGGGCUUACAAGGCCCCCCCAAAAACCAAAGUGGCCAAAAAGAGGUUGUGGAACUGAAAAUAAACAAACUAGGACAACUGAACAACUAGACGUAAACGUAAAAUUACAGGGAACAAGAAUUUGGAAUUUCACAAUUAUAGCCCAUCAUGGAUUCAUUUUUGAGCCUCUUUGAUCCAAAUCAACCAGAUGAUGGUUUCGACGAGGAACCAGAUAUACGCAACAAUAACAUUUCUUCGUACUCGAAUACGAACAGCGGACAAAGUCCACACUCCUCGGGCAGUGCCAGCAGUGGCAGUGAAAGUGAACUGGAUGGCAAAACAAAUAAAAUCAUAAUUGAUUUUGAUCAGGGUAUGCUGCCACCCGAACCUCAACUGGGCAAUAUCGAAUACAAACUGAAAUUAAUAAAUCCCUCAAAACAAAGAUUUGAACAUUUGGUGACGCAAAUGAAAUGGCGUUUACGCGAGGGCCAUGGAGAGGCUAUCUAUGAAAUUGGUGUUUCGGAUUCGGGUCACUUGCAUGGGCUCAACGAGAAGGACAUGAACGCGUCGCUGUGUACACUGAAACAAAUGGCCCAUAAAUUGGGUGCCAGCACAUCGGUGUUGAGGCGAAAAUAUGUGGCAGGACGACGGUCGGUGGCCGAGGUCUUGGUGCGGAAAAUACCCGAUGAUCAGCAUAACAUUGAAGUGAGGGUGGCGGUAUUGGGUGGUGCUGAUGCUGGUAAAUCAACACUACUGGGGGUCUUGACACAAGGCGAAUUUGACAAUGGCCGGGGACGGGCACGUUUAAAUAUGUUCCGACACAUGCAUGAAAUACAAUCGGGUCGAACAUCAUGUAUAUCCCACGAAACGUUGGGUUUCGAUACCCAAGGUAACAUAAUUAACUAUAAAUAUAAUGAAAUGAUGACGGCCGAGGAGAUCAGUGAUCGUUCCACAAAAUUGGUGACAUUCAUGGAUUUGGCUGGCCACAGGCGUUAUAUGCGCACCACAGUCCAGGCUCUGUCCGGUUAUUCACCGCAUUAUGCAAUGUUGGUGGUAUCAGCGGGUGGUGGGUUUAAUGGCACCAGUCAGGAACAUUUGUCCAUUGUGCGAGCCCUCGACAUGCCCUUCUUUGUGGUGAUAACCAAAACAGAUAUAACAUCUCCGGACCAGACAAUACAGGAACUAAAGAAUCUACUUACCACCAUUGGCUGUCGCAAGGUGCCAUUUGUGGUGACCAAUACCGAUGAAGUUAUUUCCGCCGGCUCAAAUCAACUAUCCGAAAAUAUUGUACCCAUUUUCUGUGUCUCGAACGUGACAGGAUCUGGUUUGAAUUUGGUCACACGUUUCCUCUAUGUCCUGUCGCCGAGUGUUAGCAACUCGGAGAAGGAACGCUUGGAACAGGAAUCAUGUGAAUUUCACAUAGACGAGAUAUUUCGAGUAUCGGAAGUUGGCCCCGUUGUGGGGGGCCUUUUGGUGAAGGGUGUGUUGACAGAAAAUAUGCCCAUGAAAAUUGGUCCCCUACCGAGUGGCAGCUUUCAUGCGGUUACAGUGCACACAAUACAUCGGAAUAAGGCACCAUGUCGAGUGGUGCGAGCAGGACAAAGUGCAUCACUCUCCUUUACACCAAAUCAACAGUUGCCCGCUCUGCGGAGUGGUAUGGUUCUGCUGGCAGACACGGGCAAUCCAGAUGAUGAGCCGUAUGGUACACUGUUUUUCCAGGCUAAAGUAUCGGUAUUAUUCCAUGCCACCGCAAUCUAUGUGGGAUUUCAGACUACCGUUCACAUUGGUAGCAUAAGACAAACGGCCAUCAUACGUGGCAUCAUGGGUGGUGAGAAGAUUGGCACCAAUGACAGUGCAUCGGUAAUGUUUCAAUUUGUCGGCCAUCCGGAAUAUGUAAGGCCCGGCAUGAGGGUACUCUUUCGUGAGGGUUCCAACAAAGGUAUAGGUGUGGUGACACAAGUAUUUCCCCUAAAUAAGACGCUAAAUAAUUGUUAAGCCAAUACAGAAGAAUUAAAAAUCCGUUGCCGUUACCUACAUAAGUUUUAAUUAGCAAUUAGGAAUGUUAUUAACCACAAAUUGUACCUCAAAUGAUAUUGUAGGACAUUUCGGAAUAAUUUUCUUCAUUUUGACUUAUUACCAAUUUAAUUGUAAUAUUAAUUAGAAAAAAAAGAAAACAGCAACUAGAGAAUAAUGACUUGAGUUUCAGUUUCAACUGUGAUUUUUGUUUAUUUUUUUUUUAGUUAGUUAAGAUUUGAAAGAGGAGUUAUUUUUAGGUUUAUUUGCUAACAAAUUUGGACGUGAAAUGA